AAACUGCGUAAAAAUGUAUAAGGAUUUGUAACGGCUCCUUGAUCAACUAAGAUCUCAAGAUGCGCUGACAAAUUCAAGAAGAAGAAUCUCCUCCCGUCCUUUCUGUGAGAGAAGAUCUCUACGUUCGUCGUACACGUGUGAUCACCACAAAUAUUCACAAUGCGUCACGUGGCCGCAUACCUGCUUGCCUUGAUGAGUGGCAAAGAAGUCACAGCAGGUGCCAUCAAAGAUAUCUUGGGAAGCGUUGGUGUAGAAGCAGACGAGAAACAGUUGGAUGUUCUCUUGAAAAAUUUUGCAGGCAAGAAUGUAAAUGACCUCAUUUCCCUUGGAGCCACCAUGUUGUCGUCAAUGCCUGCUAGGUAUUGCCGCGGUGGUGGUGGUGGUGGUGCCGGAGGUGCUCCUGCUGCUGGUGGUGGUGGAGCUGCUGCUGCUGCUGAGGAAAAGGAAGAAAAGAAGGAAGAACCUGAAGAAGAGUCUGAUGAUGACAUGGGCUUCGGUCUUUUCGAUUAAGAAAUAAAUUUUCUUUAGUA